CUCUAUAUAUAUGUACCUUAGGUAGGUACUUACUUACCUUAAGGUACAUAGUCAAGACCUUUUGCUAAAGCGAAGUCUUGUAUACAUAAAUCACUUAACUUAUCUCUACCUUUUCGUUAGCAUAAGCUUAACUAGGUACCUACCUAGGUAGGUACUACAGUCUCUGUCAAGAUGACUCUCAUUAUCCACCAUCUCGGCGUUUCGCAAUCAGAUAGAGUGGUCUGGCUCUGCGAAGAGCUUGGCAUUGACUACGAACUUAAGAAAUACGAUAGAUCACCUAUCUGGGCCCCACCGGAGUACAAGGCCCUGCAUCCCGUCGGGUCGGCUCCGGUCAUCGAAGACGGGAGCGUUAAACUGGCCGAGUCCGGCGCUUGUGUUGAGUACAUAUUGCAGACGCGGGGAAAUGGGAGAUUGGUCGUUGCGCCUGGGAAGAAAGACUUUGCCGAGUAUUUAUAUUGGUUUCACUUUGCGAAUGGUACCUUACAACCUGCGCUAGUAUCGGCUCUGUUAUUCUCCCGGGCGGGGCUAGGAGACGACAACGAGAGCGUGAAAGGAAACGAGGAUAGGCGAAAGCAGCUUCUCAAGUUCAUGGAUCAGCGUCUUUCCGAGGUACCCUGGCUCGCGGGUGAGGAGUUUACAGCGGCUGAUAUUAUGAACGUGACUAGCCUUACGACAAUGCGUUGCUUCAUAAAGUACGACCUCAGCAAUUACCCAAACAUUGUAGCUUACCUUCAGCGCAUCGCUGCUCGGGAGAAAUAUAGGCAUGCGAUGCGGAAAGGAGACCCGGGUUUAAAUGUGGACGAACUGACGGCAGCAUCUCCCCCGCCGCUACAAGAGGCUGUUGCCGCAGCGUUUCGAGCGCAUGGACACUAAGCAACACAGGAAAGGCCGAGGAAUACAUAACGUGUUUACCUACCUUUUUAUUAGAAUAUCCUCUCUCCUGCGUCGGGGACGUUGCGCGGCGAGACGGAUGGUAGUCAAUACCACCUCGCCACUCUAAUGAGUCGAGUCACAGCUCACUGCUUUCUUGCUCAGGUACAAAUUCGAAACGGAUUCCAAUAGAAUAAAAGAAAAGGAAACAAAAUAAAAUAACAAGUCCUGUACUUGAAGCCUGGAGGGGUGCCUAUUGUCUUAAAGCGUGAAGUUGAUAAGAAUAGCAAAUUAAAUGUAAUUGGGUUAAAGAACGAAGAUUCCUCCUUCUUUGCUGGGGUGAUGUUAAUACAGUAUUAUGGAUGAGGAAACCUACUCUAUACUUGUAAACACCUCAUUUUUAAAGAAGGAUCAGAAUCCAUACUAUGUAAAGAAUGCUUAAUGAGUUAUAAUAUUUCAGCUGAUAUAAGUUGUUUCGUAUAAGUCUUGAUUGAGGCUUUGGUGGAGUGAAGGCUGGAUUAACAACAACAAUAUCCAG